AUGAAAAAAAAUAAUUAAUCUACAAUUACAGAUAUUCAUUUUGAAAAGCUCUAACGUCCAGAUUUAUUGUAUACUAGAAAUUAAUAAACUACUCAAUAAUGCAUGUAAUUAUUAUAGAAAGAUCCAACUUUACGAUUAGAAUAAGAAAAUGAGAAACUUGGUUAAUUGUUGAGAGGACAUGAAUUCUUUAGAACAAGUGAUAACGAAUUUCUAAUAGAGUGUUGUUAAGUUAGACUAUUUAUAUUAUGUUAGUUAAUGAAAUUUGAAUAGUUCCAAAAAAAUUAGGUGAUAUUCUCAAAAAAUUAAUUGGAUUAAAAUAAACUGAUAAUCAUUUUAUCAGGAGAUGUAGUUUUGAAUAAAGGAAAUCAAGAAAUGAUUCAUCUCAAACAUUUUGGAUCAAAUCUACUUCUUUUUGGAAGUGAAUGCUAUUCUGACAUGUAUACAUUCAUGAUUUUAGAUCAGAUUGGAAUGUUACAUCUAAAACUGCCUGUAAAGUUGCAGCAAUUUCAAAACAUGAUUUUAGAGUGAACCUUAUGAAUUUUGAAGUUAGUCGAAUUACUAAAGAAAUGUCUUAAUUGUAUGCUUUUCCAAUCUUCAAGAAUGUUCCUUAUGCCUAAGUACGUAAAUUCUAUGCUAAUUCUAUGUCAUAAACCUUUUAAUGUUUAGAUAUAGUAUAUUUAUAAGAGUAAAUGAUCAAAUAAAUUUAUUUGGUUAUUAAAGGUAUUUUUGAAUUAAGAGAACUUGAAAAAGGAGUUGCAAAAGCAGUUCAUAUAUUCACUUAAGGAUAAUUGAUUGGAGAAAAUGAAUUGAAUAAUAAAACAUCAUUAAGUAAUGGUACAGCCUUUUGUAUUAGUGAGGAAGGUUAAUUACUAAUUUUUGAUUAUGAUUAUUUCAAAGAUAAAGUAUUACCUUAAAUUGAAGAGAAUUUACCAAACAAAUGUAAGACUCAAGUAUCAAGAAAUGAGAUUAAAUUCAAUAAUAAAGUAUCACUAACUGGUGAAAUUAUGAGCAAGAAAACACUUUCAAGACAUUAUAAUUUUAAGAAAAGUAAUGAAGAUGUUGAUGAAUAAUAGAAAUAAACAAUUGUAUAAAAAAAUAAAAUAAGAUCAACUCAUUCAAUUAAUUCAAUUCAUCAAUCUCAAUCAAAUAAUUCAGAAGAAGAAAUUAAUGAAUCAUAAAUUAAUAAUCUCAAUAGUAUUGUUAACCCAUCUUAAGUUAAAUAAUCUAUAGUAUUUAAUCGUUUAAGAAUGAGUUAAAGAAACACUUAAAAAUCAACUCAUUUGUAGAAUGAAUAGAUUAGAUCCUAAAUUAUAAACAGUCCUGUUCGUAAUAUUGUAAAUAGAUAAAGUUCAUUUUAAUUAAGUCUAUAGAAAAUGAAAGAGGAAGCUGCUCUAAAGAAAUCAUAAUAACAAAUGAAUUUGAGAAUGCCUUUAAAAAAUGAAUUACUUAAUAAAUUUUUGAAUCGUAAAGAAGAAUAUGGAGACAUAGCAGCUAAAAAUAGAAUGAGAAGAACUCUCUCAUAAACUACGAAUGUGAAAAAAACUGUAUAAAUAAACAAAUGA